UCCAAUCUGCCGCAAGCGAGCGAGCGAGCGGCCGAUAAAUAAAAAAAGAUCAGCGAGGCAACCCCCGGCGACCUCUUCGCGUUUCUUUCCCCCAAAGCAUCAAAGCAAAACCCAACCGAAAAGAAGAGAAACGCGCCGCGCCCGCACCGCGUUGUGGUGGUAGUCCUGGUAGGGUAAGCUCAAGCGGAGAGACGGCUCUGCUCUAGUAUUUAGCUCCUCGCACCGGCGCGCGGGAAAGGGGAACGAGAUCAAAUCAAACGGCAAGGCCGGCCACGCAGAUUCGGUAUUGGGGUGAGUUCAGGAAGUCUUGAGGGAGAGAGAGAUGGCGGUGGCGUACCGCGCGGAGGAGGAGUACGACUACUUGUUCAAGGUGGUUCUGAUCGGGGACAGCGGCGUGGGCAAGUCCAACCUGCUGUCGCGGUUCGCGAGGGACGAGUUCAGCCUCGACACCAGGUCCACCAUCGGCGUCGAGUUCGCCACCAAGACCGUCCAAGUCGAUGGCAAGCUCGUCAAGGCGCAGAUCUGGGACACCGCCGGCCAAGAAAGGUACAGAGCCAUCACGAGCGCCUACUACCGGGGCGCGGUGGGCGCGCUGGUGGUGUACGACGUGACGCGGCACAUCACGUUCGAGAACGCGGAGCGGUGGCUGGCGGAGCUCCGCGACCACACGGACGCCAACAUCGUGGUGAUGCUGGUGGGGAACAAGGCGGACCUGCGGCACCUGAGGGCCGUGCCGCCAGAGGAGGCCAGGGCAUUCGCGGAGCGGCACCGCACAUUCUCCAUGGAGACCUCCGCGCUGGAGUCCACCAACGUGGAGGGCGCCUUCACGGAGGUGCUCGGCGAGAUCUACCGCGUCGUCAGCAAGAAGGCGCUCGACAUCGGCGACGACCCCGCCGCGCCGCCCAGGGGCAAGACCAUCAACGUGGGCGCCGCCAAGGAUGAAGUCUCUCCGGUGAACACGGGGGGUUGCUGCUCGGCUUAAACUUUGCUACUCCAGCUCGAUUGGUAUGUACGUGGUUGCUGAUGGAUGGAUUGAUGGGGGCACGUUGUGUUGCACUUGUUGCAUGAUGUUGCGAUCGUGAUGGAUUUGUGGAACGCUCCUUUGCAUUGGGGUGCCGUGGUGGUUGAUUGGGUAGUAUGCUCGAUUGAUAUGAUAUUCAUUGGUCUGCUUGAUCCUGCAUCA